AUGCCGGGAAAAGUGUCCACUCGACACCAAGUUCUGACCUCAGGAACCACACGGCGAGCUACCACAUCUCAAGAACUGCAAGAGCCGCCUCAUUUUGCUAAGUACGCAUCGAGUUCUGUUCACUUGUUCAUGGAAACUUUGCCGAGGCAACUCCAAGAUGGCGAGGCUCAAGCGUUUCGUCAUCUCGCCCAUAGUAUCGUCUCUCGAACAUUAGCGCAUGAGAGCGAGUAUCGUCGCAUGCAAUGUCCGAACUUAGACGUACGUGAUUGGAAGCUGUUAAAGCGUCAGGACGAGCUCAGUGUCUACAAGCGAAAAAAAUCUCAAACAGCAAAGAUUAGCAGAUCCACUACACAAACUAAUCGACCUAUGGUUCUCUGUGUCGGUUCGCUUGAUGGAGACCUUGAAGACAUUCUCUACGGAUUUCAUUCUAAGACUGGUGAAGAGAUGCAGAUGACGUUGCCGUAUUUAGUCAAAGAAGAGGUUGAAUGUGCAGUACUCGCGUUGAUCGAAGAAGGAUCAUCGAUUGACCCGUACCAUCAACUCUCUCUUAAGUGGCAUCUUGCUGACGCUUUCUCGGGGACAAAGUUGAUGAAACCUCGCGAUUUAUGCACGCUUGAAUCAAAAGGGAUCAGUAUCGAUGCUCACGGUGAGCGUUACGGGUACUACGUGCUUCAAAGUGUGGACUUUACUGAUUGUCCAAUCCCCUCUGACAGUGGCGAUGUCAUUCGAGCUCAUGUGAUGUUCUGUUGUAUCUACCGUCAGACUCCGAAUUCACAGCGUGUGGACGUGUACAGCAAAGGAAUGUUUGAUUUGGGGGGUGACAUCCCAUCGUUUCUCGUGUAUAACACAUCGUGCUCUUUAAUGCUCUCGGUACUCGGAGCCAUGGAAUGUGCCGAAACUAAGCGACUUACGCUUUUAGCUCUCAAACUACAAACGAAUCAAGCAACUUCAUCAUUGAUUCAUGAUUUGUCCACUCGAUCGUUAGAGAAUUUUGAGGUAUCGAGCGAUGUGACAAAUUUCGGGUAUUCGAAUUCGACCCCUGAUGAUACUAUCAACACCCAAACUACAAUGCCUCAGUCUCUCACUCGUUUGCUUUCUAAAGGCAAUCGGAAAACGCGAUCUAGACGACAAACGUCAGCCGAGCCGUGUUGCGUGUGCAACAAGAAACCAAUGGCAUCGAUCGUUGGAGCGACUCAUCGCAUCUGUGGUGUUUGUCUUCGAGGGGUUUGCAAUAAGUGCCAUGUCAAGCGCAAACUUUUUAUCCGUUCUCAAUCAGUGCUCGUGGUAUGUUGCAAAUCGUGUUUGCUGGAAGCCAAACAAUUAAAAGUGGAUCCUCAAGCUCCAUGCCCCGUGCUUCCUUAA